AUGGUUUUUCGUGGACUUUUGGCCCUUUUUCUUUUGGGUUUCUGUUCAAGCGUCCAGGGAUCCUUGGUGAAAUGCUCUUGUGAUCCUGGUGCCAAGGGUGAGCGAGGGCCGCCGGGACCACCAGGUCCUCCAGGAAAUAGUCUAGGCAAUGGAGGAUUUUGGGGUUACCCGCCCACUGGUCCUUUCCCUCCGAAUCUGCCGAUUAUUCCGGGUCCUAGAGGCUUGCCGGGACCACCGGGUCCUCCUGGAUAUUGCUUCCCCUGUCCGGCUGUUCCGCCAGUGAGAGCUUUCCCACCGCCACCUGGUGUUCCCAUUCCACCAUUAUUUUCCACACAAGCUGGAGGAAACGGUGGCUUUGGUGGCGCCUCUGCUUUGACCACUGCCGUGGGCAACAUUAUAGUCAUUCCCGGUGGCACGGGAACGGGAUUAACGGGUCGUGCCCAGUUCUUCCACAUCUCUCCCGACGGUCAGGUGAUGCAGAUCGAUCGGCCACAGAAUCUGCCCAGUGAUUUGUUCGAUGCACCCCCAGCUAACACGGCAGCUGCGUCUGUAAUUCCACCACCACCACCACCCACAUCAGCAUCUCUGUCGGGGAUUACACCACCAGCUGCUCCUGCGGCGCCCACUCAACCCACGCCGGGUGAGCAGACCACCUUGCUUCCGGAGAAUGUCGAGGAGACCGUGUUUGCUGUGGGUAAUCGACGCAAGGACUUCCUCCGUGGCAGUUCCGAUGCCAGUGACUGGCGACGAAUACUGCUCCUGGGUGAGCGUCCCUCGGAGACACUUUUGCCACCCAAUGUCCACUCUGUUCCUAAUCAGCUGGAGAACAGCAUGGAGAGCUUCCAACGAGCUCUGGUCGAGCUGAAGGAGAAAUAUGCUAAUCUUGUCCAGCCGCGAAGUUCUAACCAAUAUGCAGUAAUUUAUUAG